AUGUCGCCUAACCGAAGGGAAAUGGAGGCUUUAAUAGCCCCAGGGAGGUCAGAAUUCCUCCACUCGCCGCCCGCUUCGGCACACGAUAACCUGGAGCAGCUAGCCGUGUGGAGCGACAGUGGGAACGGUGUUUCCAUCGAUGAUACACUCUUCACGACCCCUUCAGAUUCCCUUUUCUCUGGGAUAGAUUCCGUGGCAUUGCCCGUAUUGCGUGAGACACAAGGACCGUUGGAUCCAGCUUUGGUCAGCGCGGUGGAUGCGCCAACGUGCGGGUGCGCAGUAUCACCAUACAUGCCGGACGCGAGUAGUAAAAAUUCCAAUCAGCAGCAUCUUACCAGUUGGACAGAUACCCUCCUGAGCAUAAACUCCAAGUCUCUGGACCUUCAACGAUCCAUGACUGAAUUCAGCCGCCGCUGCCAGAGCCUGCGCGACAGCUCGGCAUACAACACCACCAUAUGCUCCACUAGAACCGACAAUCGAGCUAGUGACCAAGUUCAUAGAGCUAUUAAGCGGUCCCGAUAUUGA